GAAGUUUUACAACUGCCAUACACAAACAUGUCUGAAGAUUUAAUAUCGGCUUUGUACCCACCUCCACCAUUAUUCUACAAAUACUUCACUUCAGAGAACUUGCAAAAACUCAAAGAAUGUCAAUCUGAUGAUAAACCCAUAGAAGGGGAGCUCAAAUUCCUUGUUCCACCUUCCCAACCCCCAGGAACUCAUUAUAGAGGUUAUGGUAAUAUAUGGUCUUUUGAAGACAAGUUGCCCAAGCUUAGUGAGAUGGGAUACACACAACUUUAUGAAGAUACUGACGACCAAUCAGCUGGACUGAAUAAGAUCACUGAAUUGCAUAAAUUGAUGAAGUCCUUGCUUGUGAACUUCAUAGAGUUGAUUGGAAUAAUGCAUAUCAAUCCCAGCGAGUUCCACACCAAAAUCGAGGAUUUAAAGGUAAUACUUAUCAAUAUGAACCAUAUACUUAACAGUUAUCGGCCACAUCAAUCACGAGAACUGUUAAUAAUGUUAUUGAAACAGAGAAUUAAUGAGAAGAAGGAAGAAAUCAACCUGAUUGAUACCAAGAUGCUGGAUAUAAAAGACAAGCUUCUUACCCUAAUAAACUUCAGCGAUGUCAAGUUGAUUCAGCCGGAUGUCAAGUCUGAUACUUUAAAUACUGAUCAAAUCAAGGAAAAAAUUUUAUACAAAUUAUUGAAAGAUAUAUAGAUUACUUUUUAUAAUAGAAAUCCCUUAGAACAAAUCCAAUAAAUCAUUAUUAACUUUAUUAUCAUUGUUGCUACUGCUCUGUGACUGCUGCUGGGAUGGUUGAGCCAUUGGUGCUGAUGUGACAUUCAAAGUAUUGAAUAAACUCAAAAUAUCAUCAGUGUUAGAUUUCAUGGUGCUUGUAUUGGAGGCUGGCGACGAUCCUGAGUUGCUAAACAAAUCGUUCAAUUCAUCCAACAAGUUGUUCGAGUUUGUAGAAGCUCCUUCAGAAGCGUUUCCAUUUUCUUCAAAGUCAUCGUCAAAGUCAAGCAAAUUUUCAUUCUUAACGUUUUCAAUAAUGUCUUGCUUAGCUUGGGCUUUGAGUUCGUCUAUGUCCAUGGACUUGAAGAAAGAUGAUGGUUGGUUGCUUAUGAAGGUGUAGCUGGGCUUACCAUAUACCGAAGAUAAGGUAGACAACUCACUCAUCAAAUCGUUCAAGAUAACAGGAUUAUAGGUUUCAAUAGAUGAAUCUAUAGGUGGUAGCUUGGCCAACAAAAUCUGCUUGGGCAAUUCUUGUUCAGCUGAAGAUAAUAACCUCCAGUAAAUAUAUGCUCUAUCUCUCAAGUCCACAUCGUCUUCAUUUUCGGUAAUCUCAGUUAACGUUUCUUGCAAUAAUUUUGAAAAGUCUUGCUUGACUAAAGAAUUCAAGUUCACUUUAACAAUUGUGUUUAACCAGUUUAGCUUCAAUUGGCUGCCGAAAUCAUUGAAGUCCUCAAAGAUUUCGUUCAACAAGUUGGAGAUAUUAGUGAAGUAGUUAGGGUAUUCACCCAAAAGCCAAAUGACACUCGAAUACGACGGGUUUGCAAUACUCAAGUGACUGAAGUUGUUGGCGAUGAUUGGUAAGAUCAAAGUGAUUAAGUCAUUUUUUCCCGGAUACUUUCUCAAGAUCAUCGUUAAAACACCAACAGAUUCAUCAAUAAUUAAUUCGUCUCCUUUCAAGUCAAUCAAUUCAAUGAUCAAGUUGACACACUUUAUGAUACUGGUAGGCAACUUGAUUGCAAUGGAUCCAAUGGAUUUGAUAGACUUGGAGAUCAAAGUAGGUUCGAACUCCAUAGAGUAUUCCUUCAACUCGUUCAACAAUAGGUUAAAGUUAUUUUCGUUACACAAUCUGAUCAUGAUGUCUAACUUUUCCAAUUUUAAGUACAAUGGAUCGCUGUACUUUACGAAGAAAACUCUCAAUUCUUUAGACAAAAUGUUAGGGUAUUUUUCCAAGAUAAUUCUAAUGUUCUUUAAUCCCACGUAUUGGGCUUCUGGAAUUGGGUUGGAAAUCAAAGAUACCAAAGGACUGGACAACUUUUUCAAGAUUGAAGUUUGAGAGGCCUUUUGUAAAUACACCAAGUGUUUCAAAAUAGUUUUGAUGGAGGAUAAAACAAUCGCUGGGUUAAUGUGUUGCAAUUGGGGUAUGAUACGUUCGACGAUGUGAUUGGCCUGUUCUGAAUUUUCACUGUCAUAAUCAUUAAGGCAUUUCAAGAUGGUGAGUCUUCCCCAUUCAGUACAUUCGUUGAGGCACACCAACAAGUUCUUUAUCAACGUGUAAUCCAACACCAAAAUGUCCAACUUUAAUUCUUUGUUCAAGUUGGAGCUAAUAUACAUGUCAUUGAUUUCAUAUAAUGCAUUCAAAACAUUGGAGAUAACCAGGGGAUUGGGAUCGGAAAUGAGUUUCUUCAAGCUAUCCAAAAAGCCAAAUUCAAUACACAUCUGAGGAUUUAAAUUGAAGAGCUUGGCCACACAGAUGGCCGCAGUCUUCCUCACAUAUGGAUUCUCGUCUUGUAAGGUUCUCAGUAAUGGGAUUUCCAUGUAAUCUAUCAUUUUCUGGACUCUGAUACAUCCCAUGGUUCUUAUGGCCAAGGCUCUAAUAAGAGGAUUUGGAUCUUCAGUAUCUUGAACAAAAGUGUUGACGGCCAAAAUACACAAUUCAGGAUGGGUCGUCGCAUAGUUCAUCAAGUAAAGGUACACCAACUUCUUCUGUUCCAAGUCAUAGGUGGCAAUGUUUUUCAAUACGUCUGGGAAUAAAGACGAAACGUCUUUGCCCAAGGUCAUAGCUUGAAUUACCCGCUGAAUGGCAUCCUUUCUUUCAUGUUUGUACUGACUGACCAAUCCAUUCUUCAACUCGAAGGCCUCUCCCUUUCGUGGUCCUUGGAGAAACUUCCGGAUCUUCUUCUCUAAAGACAUUGAUAUAUCACACA